CAAGAAAUAUGAAGAAGUAUUAAAUACUAAGUUAGUGUAGAGUGUACAUGAUUCUAAAUGAUGGGGUCAAAACGAUUAUUUUUUUAUUUGUUUUUAAAUUUUAUUAAAAUCGCUGCAAUAUAUAGCAUAGACUGUCCGGAUUUUACUGAUGUUAAACGGGAUUCACUGAAAAAAGUUUUAUCAGAUGCCACACAGAUCUUGAAUUUUACUAAAUAUGAUACAAACGAUAUGAAUUUUUAUGUUAUGUCACCAAGGUCUUACCCAAAUUUUGAAAAUCCCCAAGGAGAAUCUAUAGAUUGGUCAACACUUGAUUGUGAAGGUAAGCCAGUGUUAUUCAAUUGUCAUGGAUACAGAGAAACUGGAUUACAAGUUUGGGCCAUCGAUCUUGUAAGAACUUACGUUCUGCAAGAAGGAGGUUGUGCAGUUGCAAGUGAUUACAGAGGUGCAUCUCAAAAUCUAAAUUAUUUGACCGUGGUCAGCAAUACUGGAAAUAUCGCCGAGGCGAUGGCAAGUUACAUCGCAGAUAACAUCUGUCAAGGGACCAGAAAUUGCACGAAAGAACUUCAAUUGCACGGACAUAGCUGGGGAUCACAUACGUGCGGAAUUGCAGGAUACUUAUUGGGACAAAGUGGAUUGAAACCAGCUAGAAUGAUAGCUAGUGAUGCUGCCGGUCCAUACUUCAAUCUUCUAGACGAAAAUGAUUCUGAAAAGCAUAUGUCUAAAGAAAGUGCAAAUUUUGUUCUCAACAUUAGAACAUCAAAUAUUUACGGUUCAAGUUUAGAUAGUUGGGCUCAUCAGACUCAAAUUGUUGGUGAUUGUGGUUCGAACCAGGAACAAUGUUCCGGCAUAAGUAGAUUGCGGUUCUUGCAAAGAUUAUUUUGCGAUCAUAAUUCAUCAAUAUUCAUGGUAAAAUCGACAAUGGAGAAGAACUUUCCAGAAAUAAAACUACAAAAGUGUUCCGAUUGUCGCUCAAUAAUUCCCUCAACAAAUGAAUGCUCGGAUGAAUGGGAAAACUUGGGAUGGAGGUCUGAAGAAAAACCUGGAACGUUUAUCAUCAGAAAAUUGCCCGUAUGCCUGAAUGUAACUAUAGACUCUGAAUUGAACUCAUAGAUCAAAAUAUUGACAAUAUUCAAAAUAUAAAAUAUGUUCAAUUAUGAUUUCAUUGUACAAA